UUCUCUUCUGUUCUCUUCUCUUCUCUCCGAGUAUGGAGACUCUGGACGCAGAUGAACUCUGCUUUCCACAGUUCCCAAACAUCUCGUGCAAAAAGACGUUGGACCACGGUGGUCCAGCUGUAUUCCUGUAUGUCACACUGACCUGCAUCUCUUUGCUCACCGUGAUGCUCAAUCUGCUCGUCAUCAUCUCUAUCUCCCACUUCAGGCAGCUCCAGAACUCCACCAACCUCCUCCUCCUCUCUCUGGCUGUGUCAGACUUCUUCGUUGGCCUCCUGCUGCUGCCGGGUCAAAUGGUUAUGAUAAGUGGCUGCUGGUUUUUGGGGACCUUCAUUUGUGGUGCGUUUUACUUUGCCUCCUUUAGUCUGACAUCUGCCUCAGUGGGAACCAUGGUGCUCAUAUCAGUUGACCGAUAUGUGGCCAUUUGUGACCCUUUGUCUUACCCAACCAAAGUCACUGAGAAACGAGUCAAAAUAAGUGUCUCUCUGUGUUGGGCCUGCUCUGUCUUCUAUAACGGUGUGAUAAUGAAUGUCUUCCUGAGUGAUCCAGAUCAAUUUAAUACCUGCUAUGGAGGGUGUGUAUUUCUAAUGGGCCAAAUAACAGGAGCUGUUGAUGUUGCUGUGUCCUUUGUUGGCCCAGUUGCUGUCAUCGUAGUUCUGUAUAUGAAAGUAUUUGUGGUGGCUGUGGCUCAAGCUCGAGCCAUGAGGUCUCACAUUACUGCUGUCACAGUCCAGGGCACAGGUGCUGUCACGGCUAAGAAAUCUGAGAGAAAAGCAGCCAGGAUUCUUGGUAUUGUUGUGGUUGUGUUUGUGAUAUGUUUCUGUCCAUAUUUUUGUGCCUCUUUCAUUGUCAGUUCAUUCUCUAUCUAUGUUUCUUUUUUUGGGGUCUUGGUCCUGUAUUUUAACUCCUGCAUCAAUCCAGUCAUCUAUGCUUCUUUCUAUCCCUGGUUUAGGAGAUCUAUCAAACUCAUUGUUACACUAAAGAUAUUGCAGCCUGGCUCCUGUGAUACACACAUACUACAGAAAUGUUAACACAUCUCAAUGAUUUAUUCUCAGGUGGUGAAAAAAAUAUUUUUGCUUUUGUACAUGUCACUGAAUAUUGUGUCUCUCUCUGUGUGCAAGGAAUGUGUGCAUGUGUGUGUGAGUGAUAAGAACAAGGAUUGCACAUUAUAACAUAAAUCUAACAAUAUAAUCUCUUUUAUUGAUUCUAAUGAAUCAACAGCAGGCUCAUUUUGGAUUUUUCUGGCUUCACUUGGGCAAAUACAUUAAUGUUUGUCUGGAAAAAAAAUAAAAAUAAUUCAACUUAACUCCUCAGGACAAGAUCAAAACCGGAAAGUAACCUUUUAAAAUACACAUUUCUUCUAUUUUUUUUUGUUUACCUAACACUUGAAUCAGGAAAACAGCUGAAAAACACUGAACUGAUAAGACUGCUAUAGAACAUAUAGAAAUGUCAAAAAUAGUAAUAUAUAUUUAAAUCUUAUAAAAUAAAAAU